AUGGAUCAAAAUGGCCACUCUACUCGUUUCUGGAGUGACAAUUGGUCGCCAUAUGGUUCUAUGCGUUCAUACUUGAAUAUAAGCGGUGACUCGGCACUGGGGAUCUCCUCAGAGGCGACUCUUGCAUCACUAUACAGAGAUAAUUAUUGGAGGCUACCACCUGCAAGAUCAGAGGCAUUAGUAAACAUCCAUGCUUUACUAAUAACAACUACUCUCAACGAUUCAGAAGACUUCUAUGAGUGGGAAGUAGACGGGAGGAAAAGCAGAAAAUAUAGUACAGGAGUAGUCUACGGGAAGCUUUGUGAUGAGGGAAUCUCAGUACCUUGGUUCUACUCUGUGUGGAAUAAAGGAGGGAUUCCUAGGCACAGUUUUUUAGCUUGGCUAUUUGUGUUGAACAGAUGCCCAACAAAGGACAGGAUACUCGGAUGGGGCCUUCAAACUUCUCCUACAUGUCUCCUUUGUAACCAAGUGGCUGAGAGUCGCAGACAUCUCUUCUUUGACUGUAACUUCUCGUGGAACCUGUGGAGAUCGGCUGCAAGGCGGUGUGGUAUUCAGCCAGAGAGAACUUGGGAUCGAGUCAUGGCUCAGCUUCAAUCAACAAACAGACGAUCAACAACAGGUAUUCUUCUUCGUAUCUGCUGGCAGGCUUGCAUUUACUGGGCUUGGACUGAGAGGAACGGUCGAUUGCACCGCCAAUUGUUUCGAUCCACAGACGCAAUCUCUCGCCUUCUGGAAAGGCAGGUGAAAGACAGAAUCUCUUCGCUCAGGGACUCAAAUCCAGGGGCUACUUCUCGGCUUAUGCAGCAAUGGCUGGCGUAA